GAAUUAUUUUGGAGAAAAAAUUGCCAUGUAUUUUGUCUUUCUUGGCUUUUACACCGAAAUGCUGUCCUUUGCAGCUAUCGUUGGCUUAGCUUGUUUCAUUUAUGGCUUGUUAUCAAUGGAUGGUAACUCAAACAGCACUGAGAUCUGUGACCCUACAAUUGGAGGUCAGAUUAUCAUGUGCCCACUCUGUGACCAAGUGUGUGAUUAUUGGAGACUAAAUACCACGUGUUUGGCUUCAAAGAUCUCCCAUUUAUUUGAUAAUGAGUCGACAGUGUUCUUUGCAAUAUUCAUGGGAAUUUGGG